AUGAUGAGAAAGGCACUUGUCUUGGCCGCCUUGGUGGCGGUUCCCGACUUGACAUUGGGGUUUCAACCGAUCCAUAGCGUAUCGCCGUCACUACCUGAUGGCAAUGAACGGUCCAGUAAUCUUCUCGGUUGUGACAUUGACAGCCAAAGACGAAGACAAAUCUUGUUUUCCAUGCUCUACGGCUCGGCCGCUUUGAGUAGUUUUUCACCCAGUGCUGCCGUGGCAGAACCGAUAACGGAAUCAGACUCUCCUGCCGAGGGCACCGCAGACGAUGGACCGAUCAAUAUCCUAAGACCACCCAAAGACGACCGAGAGUACUUCACCUAUACUCUCGACAAUGGACUGAGGGUGCUCCUUUGUUCGGAUCCAUCCUCCAAUGAAGCUGCGGCUGCAAUGGAUGUCCAUGUUGGUGCCUGUUCAGAUCCAGUCGAUAUUCCUGGUAUGGCACAUUUUACAGAACACAUGAGCUUCCUGGGGAGCAAACCAUAUCCAAAGGAAGAUGGCUUCUCCUCCUUCCUCUCUGCGAAUGGAGGAUCCAGCAAUGCAUAUACAGACAGUGAAGAUACCGUCUACUACUUUAGCAUGGAGGCAGAAGCAGACGGCCGCCUUUCAGAGGGUCUCGAUAUCUUUGGGUCACUCUUCACGUCACCCCUCUUCACAGAAAGUGCCACUGGGCGCGAACUCAACGCCAUUGAAAGUGAGAAUGCCAAAAACCUUCAAACAGAUUCCUUUAGAGCGUAUCAGCUUACCAAAUCAAGAGCCAAUUCCGAUCAUCCAUUCAGCAAAUUCUUUACGGGCAACAAAAAGACACUGCUGGAUGACACCAAGGCCAAGGGAAUCAAUUUGAGAAAAGAAUUAAUCAACUUUUACAAUCGAUACUACUCGGCCAACCAAAUGUCAUUGGCCAUUGUUGCCCCACAACCAAUCAACAAGCUGAAAGACAUGGUAAAGAAGUCCUUCUCGGGCAUUCCCAACAAGGAUGUCGGCAAACCAGAAGAAGAAUGGCGUGGCAUUCCACCUUACAAUGGCAAUAGUGUUGUUCCAUCCCUCCAAAGCGUGGUGGAAGUAGUACCUGUUCAGGAUAUUCGACAAUUGGCACUUAGCUGGCCUGUCUUGUACCAAUCGGAGGAUGACAGGAGAGACGCGCUGUUGGAAAAACAGGCAAACUAUGUUGCACAUCUGAUUGGCCAUGAAGGUCCAGGUUCGCUUCUUUCUUACCUCAAGAGGAAGCAAUGGGCCAACGCGUUGUCAUCGGCAACUGAAACGGAGCUGGCGGACUAUGAGACGUUCGAAGUUGUGGUCGGGCUGACGACGAGUGGAUUGGCCAAUGUGGAGAAAGUGGUAGAAGCAAUCUUUUCAUACAUUAACAUGCUCAGAGAGUCUCCAAUCCCAGAUUAUGUCUUUCAAGAGGUCCUUCAAACCAACGAACUUGAAUGGCGCUUCAUGUCCAAAGGCAGCGCCGGAGGCUAUGUCCAGUCUCUGGCACCUGCAAUGCAAAAGUACCCGCCCAGUCUCGUCGUAGCUGGUCCGAGGCGGAUUGCAUUGGCAGAACCAGAAGGCAAGCUACUAGACACCAGCAAUCCACGAACGGCAUUCUCAUCAAGGGCACAGUUACAAGCCACAAAAGAGUCUGUCAAAAAGUAUGUUUCGAAUCUAUCGUUGGACAAUGUAAUGAUGACAGUCAUGAGCAAAUCUUUUGAAGGAAAAACAGACAAGACUGAGAAAUGGUAUGGAACCGAGUACUCGGCAAGGCCUAUCCCAAUCGAGACGCUGAUGAAGUGGCAGAAUUGUCCCAGUCCAAAGUCAUUCAAAAUCGACUACCCCAGACCAAAUGUUUUCAUACCAUCUGAGACCGGGCUCCGGGUCAAGAUUCCGCCGAAAGAAAAGCCAGCGUCCAAGGAUUUUGAAACUCGAAUAACACCUAUUCCUCCACCUGGUGUCAUUCGGGACGAUGGACCUGACGGUCGCUGGACCGUGAACUUUAAGGCUGACGACCGCUUUGGUCAACCGAAAGCCUUUGUGGUCUUCGAGCUUCUCACCUCGGAAGUGUCUGGUACAGCCUACAAAUCUACACUGUCCACGUUUUACGACGCAUGUGUAUUUGAUCGCCUAGGAGAGUAUGCGUAUGAUGCCGGUCUCGCUGGUUUGACAUACGACGUCAAGGUGCUUCCGCGAGGCGUCAGGCUUACAUUUGGUGGAUAUAACGACAAGCUGCAAAAGUUCGCUGCCUACGUCUCGCAGAAGAUUUCGAAAGACGUGAAAAGCAUAUUGCCAAAGACGGAAGCUGAAUUUGAUCGGUACAAGGAUCAAAUCAAACGCGCCCUGUCGGCUUUCGAUGUCAAACAACCCUAUGCCCAUGCAUCCUACUAUGCCAACCUGAACAUCCAGCCUCUUCGUUUCCAAUACACCAAUCAACAAUUACGAGAAGCGACCGAGAAGGCGACUCUUCAGGAUCUAGUGUCCUAUGCCACGACAGUGUGGUCAUCAGGGAAGGGUCAAGCACUGGUUCAGGGGAAUUUGAACGAGCAAGAGGCACAAGAACUGGUCAGACAACUCGACAAGACAUUGGGAUUCAAAAGCAUUCCACAAAUCGAGGUUCCAGAUCAACUCAAACCAUUACCACUGCCAACACCUGCCAAGUUUACCGACGGGAAACCUUCUAGUUUGCGGCGAACGCGCCUGGUUGUCGCUGAACCCAACCCCGUGAACGCCAAUGCGGCAUCCUACGUCAUGGUUCAAAACUUAGGCGAAAGCGCAAAGGACCAUGUGAUUAUUGAACUGAUCAGUUCCAUUGUCGAGCAACCCUUUUACGACGAGCUGCGGACGCGACAACAAUUGGGCUAUAUCGUGUCUUCCGGUGUCCGUGCUUUGGGCAGGACGAGGACUUUUGCCUUUAUUGUGCAGUCCAGCGUCGCUCCUGUCGAGAAACUAACGACAGAGACACUAAAGUACAUGGAUGGAAUUCGUGACCGACUGGACAAGCUUCCAAAAGUGGAACUGGGCACCUAUGUCAAGGGUCUGAUAGAUCGUAAGUUGGAGCCCGACAAGACGCUGGCCAGCGAAGUGAUGCGCAAUUGGGCCGAAAUUGCCAGUGAUCGAUUGGAAUUUGAUCGCGUUCAAAGAGAGGCUUUGGCGUUGCUGGAAGUGAACAAGUCGGAUCUCUUGGAGUUUUGGGAUCGCAUAUACGUAGGACGCGACAGCCGAGUGCUGAUUACUCAAAUUGUUCCACGGAGUGGUCCUGCAUCAUCUCCGGAACCUCCCAAGAGCUUUGGAUACUCCAGCCUUGCCAACAAAAAUCCUCCUGAGGGCCUUGUCUUGGGCGAGGAUGACAUUGAAGCGUUCCGUCGAGACUUGGAGGCAGGGAUGGCAUAA